AUGACGUGCGAUACAGAUAAACUAAAGAAUAGUGAGACCUCGGUUGUAAAAGAUAAGAGAACCAUCAUGCGCACCAUGGAUAAAAAUGUUUCAUAUUAUCAAAUUGAACUUCUUGACAAUGACAUGUCUUGCUUUUUUUCCCUUUUUUUUCUCGUAGCUAUCAUAUCGACUUGUAAUCAACUUAUUUGGCUCCACAAUCACUUAAACAUUGGAAUACGUUUACCCUCAAUGCCAGGUAUUCGCGUAAUUGUUUUCCGGGAAAGUCUUUACAUUGCAUACAUCCGCUCAUCAGACAAUACAUUAAAAAAUUAAAUAUUUUUAACAAGAUCGUGCGCCAAUCCCUC